CCAUUUAAUAUGACAGAAUCUUUGUUUGAAUAUUUUUCAUUUUUCAUCAUCUCUGUUGCAUAAGGGUUGUUGAUUUCAUUGUGUAGGUGUGACCAAAGCAACUCAGCUUCAAUAGGAAAAUCAGGAGAGGUGUAGACGUAAGGAUCUAGGGGAUAUAUAAGUUCAGAGUCAGCAGAGAAAUCAGAAAGAUGAAGAUGUUCUCGACACUGAGUUUGGUCUUUGUGAUCACUCUCCUAACCAAAGAGUGUGACUGCCAAUCUUUUGCGUGUGGCAGCGCGCCUCUCAACACCAAAAUUGUGGGGGGAACGAAUGCGUCUGCUGGCGCUUGGCCAUGGCAGGUCAGCCUUCACAAGUAUGGGAGACAUUUCUGUGGCGGAUCACUCAUCAACAAUGAAUGGGUUCUGUCAGCGGCUCACUGCUUUCCAAGCCACCCUGAUCCUACAAUCUAUACCGUGUACCUGGGUCGACAGAGUCAAGAACUACCCAAUCCAAACGAGGCCUCCAGAAACGUCUCGCAAGUCAUACUUCACCCAGAAUACAACAACCUCCCUCAUAACAAUGACAUGGCUCUGCUGCGUCUCUCCUCACCUGUGACCUUCACUGAUUACAUCCGACCAGUCUGUCUGGCAGCAGAGGGAAGCACGUUCAACAGUGACACGAUGUGGGUCACAGGUUGGGGAGACAUUUAUUCUUUCGUACCCCUUCCUUCACCUCAGAUCCUACAGGAGGUGGAUGUGCCCAUGGUUGGAAAUAGUAAGUGUAACUGCCUCUAUGGAGGAUCGAUCACAGACAACAUGAUGUGCGCUGGACCGUUGGAAGGUGGAAAAGAUUCCUGUCAGGGUGACUCUGGAGGUCCAAUAGUCAUCAAACAGGGCUCUAGUUGGAUCCAAGCUGGCGUUGUGAGUUUCGGUCAAGGUUGUGCUCUGCCUAAUCUCCCUGGUGUGUACGCCAGAGUGUCAAAAUACCAGGACUGGAUCUCUCAGCAUGUUGGCACGAAUAAUGCGAGCUUCAUCCCUUUUAUCUCCCCUACUCCUGUGCAGGAUGAGAAUGUGGCCUGUCCUACGCCAACGUCAGUGUGUGGAGGCUCUGCAGGGUUAUGGCCAUGGAUGGCUAGUGUAACUUAUCACAAUAAUCCAAUGUGUGUAGGAACUUUGGUUUCUGACCUAUUUGUUAUGACCUCUGCUAGCUGCUUUGCCAGAUUCAUGGGGACGAAUGGAUGGGAAGUCGUCCUCAAUGUUGUCCAAUGGGACUGCUCCAGCAGCCCAAUGGCAGCUGAAGUGGAAAAUGUCUUUUUCGACGAUAUUUUAGGAAAUGGUGUAGCACUCCUGCAAUUGUCUCAUCCGUUUUCUCUAGUUGGCAAUUUACCAGUUGACAUGUAUAGUCCAAGCUUUGGCCCUGGUACUCAAUGUUCAGUAAUUGGUUGGAACUCAAAUGCUUUUACAUAUCUACCUUUUGAGGAAUUGCAUACCACCAUUGUAAACUGUGAUCCUUCAGACACCACACACAUCAACAUCUGCACAGAGCCUUUGAACGUUCAGCAGGAUGAUGACGGCAGUCCUCUGCUGUGCAGAAUGAACGACAUGUGGGUUCAGGCUGGAAUUUUGUCCAUUGCCCCUGGCAGUGAGAUCAACCCAUUCGCCAACAGCACAGUCUUCAUCCAGACCACUCCCUUCACCUACUUCCUGACUAAUACUAUCUACAACAUCCCAUCUAUUCUGGACGGGGCAGAGUCAUUCUCGCCCUUCUCUCUCACCUACAUCCUUCUGCUCUCUCUCCCAGCAGUCCUCCAGGCCUUUUACUGACGCGGCCAUCUGUCACUUCAUCACUGAAUAAACUAACAUAUGCAGUACAUUAUAUGGGGAUUAUAGGGAAUUUGCUCUUACAUUUGAAAAAAAGCUUUUUAAAUCUUUAGUCUGAAUAAAUCAAGUAAUUAGGAUGAAAUCUUUGCACUUUUUGUAUCCCAAAUAAAACAAACUACAACA